GCGCGUCGUUUGAUGGAUUGUCGACAAACUCUGACAACUGCAGAUAUCAUUACACCUUUCCGUCUUCAUCUCGGUUUCCCCGCGUCCUUUCAUCCGCUGCAGCCUUCGACUGUCCUCGCCUCGCGAUGGUGCUGCCCACCAAAUGCGUUACAGUCCGCUUCCCCACCACCGUGCAGGAUGAAAUGUACCAGUUCCUCGAACUGCCGCCCGACAUCUUCAAGGCUGUCGAGGGUGGGCAGAGCGUCUCACUGACCAUCAAGGGCCGUCCAAGCGACGACGCGGUGCUCUGCACGCAGGACAAGACGUACGCCUUGCGCGGGGUGAGCAUCUCGAACUCGCUGCUUGUCCUUCGCCCGCCGGCCUCUUCCUCCGCACAAGAGUUGCAUAUCCGGGACAUUCGCCAUGAGGUCCUCGAAUGUGUCCCCGCGGCCGGGCGUACAGAGCGCCUCCACACACUCCUGCGGGACAGCGCGUGGCGCGGCGUCGGGCAUCCCCCAUGGCCUGACCAUCAGAGGGCAGGGGAGAAGCGCAAACGGAAAGGGAAGAGGUAUACUCGCGCACAGCUUAGUAGCGUCGUCCAGGCUAGCGAGGGAGAGCUUUCGCGUGCCCUGUGCGACGCCAACAUCGUCGAAGUCGGCGGAUACAUGCUCCUCCUCCGCCCGCCAGAACUCGCAUCCCUGCUCUCCCUCCUCCUCGCCCUCCUUACAGUGCACUCUGACUCCGACGGGGUGGCCAGCUCAGCGCCGGCAGAAGCCAUCAUCUCAGCUCUCGCCGACGAGCACGAUGUUCCACCAGAUCUCUCUCGUGGCGUCAUGAACCUCUUCGGCAACGUCGUAGGCGACGACUGGACGGCAGACGUGCCGGCUGCAGUCCGCGAACUCGGCCGAGGGCUCCUUACAUCACAAGGCACAGCCCUAUCCCCCUUGGACAGUCUACUUGCCGACUGGCGCAUCCAAGCCGGUGCAUUCGAGGGCCAUGUCGCCAUGGACCUCCUCACUGGCUCGUAUCUCCUCCGCGACCCUCCGCCAGCGGCCACUGCGAAGGGGCAGCUUGUCGAGUACUUCCCCGUGCACACGCUGAGCGCUCAUGCGCCGACGCGCUUCGCCGACCUCUUCCUUGCGCGCCCGCGAUGGAGGCCUGACGAGAUGAUUCCCUUCAUGCGCGGACUUUACCCCGAAGGCGAUAGCAAGGCGCGAGACAAGCUCGUGGCGAAGUAUGUGCGAGUUGUCAAGGGGAGAGAUGGUGCGUGGUGGUACCCACGCCGCACGGGGUAGCUCUAUCAGACUAUGUAUGUAUGUAUGCAGUACUUGUACUUCUAAU